AUGGCAAGAAGGACUCGUUUCGUGGCCGUCGCCGCCCUCCUCGCAAGCUUCCUCUCCGUCGCUGCCGGGCACCCCCGGCCACUGCCCGCCGCCGGCCUCCCGGGCGAUCUUUUCGGCCUGGGCAUCGCGUCCAGGAUCCGCACGGACAGCAACUCGACGGCGAAGGCGGCGACGGACUUCGGCCAGAUGGUGAGGGCCGCGCCGGAGGCCGUGUUCCACCCCGCCACGCCGGCCGACAUCGCCGCGCUCGUCCGGUUCUCCGCCACGUCGGCGGCGCCGUUCCCCGUUGCGCCGCGCGGGCAGGGCCACUCCUGGCGCGGCCAGGCGCUCGCCCCGGGCGGCGUCGUCGUGGACAUGGGCUCGCUGGGGCGCGGCCCCCGCAUCAACGUGUCUGCGGCGACCGGCGCGGAGCCGUUCGUCGACGCCGGCGGGGAGCAGUUGUGGGUCGACGUCCUCCGCGCCACGCUGCGACACGGCCUGGCGCCCCGCGUGUGGACCGACUACCUCCGGCUCACCGUCGGCGGCACGCUCUCCAACGCGGGAAUCGGCGGGCAGGCGUUCCGGCACGGUCCGCAGAUCGCCAACGUGCAUGAACUCGAUGUCGUCACAGGCACAGGUGAGAUGGUGACAUGCUCCAUGGACGUGAACUCGGACCUGUUCAUGGCAGCUCUAGGCGGGUUAGGCCAAUUCGGGGUCAUAACCAGGGCACGGAUCCGGCUUGAGCCGGCGCCCAAGAGGGUGCGCUGGGUUCGACUUGCCUACACCGACGUCGCUACUUUCACCAAGGAUCAGGAGUUUCUCAUAUCGAACCGGACUAGCCAAGUCGGGUUCGACUACGUCGAAGGCCAGGUCCAGCUCAACCGGUCCUUGGUCGAAGGUCCCAAAUCAACACCCUUCUUCUCCGGCGCCGAUCUUGCUAGACUUGCUGGACUCGCGUCGAGGACCGGACCUACUGCAAUAUACUACAUCGAAGGCGCCAUGUACUACACCGAGGACACCGCCAUAUCUGUGGACAAGAAAAUGAAGGCACUCCUGGAUCAGCUGAGCUUCGAGCCAGGGUUUCCGUUCACCAAGGACGUGACGUUCGUGCAGUUCCUCGACCGGGUGCGCGAGGAGGAGAGGGUGCUCCGGUCAGCCGGCGCGUGGGAGGUACCACACCCAUGGCUGAAUCUCUUCGUCCCGCGGUCGCGCAUCCUCGACUUCGACGACGGCGUGUUCAAGGCUCUGCUCAAGGACGCCAACCCAGCCGGGAUCAUCCUCAUGUACCCCAUGAACAAGGACAGGUGGGACGACCGGAUGACAGCGAUGACCCCAGCCACGGACGACGACGACAACGUGUUCUAUGCCGUCAGCUUCCUCUGGUCAGCACUGUCCGCAGACGACGUGCCCCAGCUCGAGAGAUGGAACAAGGCAGUGCUGGACUUCUGUGAUCGGUCAGGAAUAGAAUGCAAGCAGUACCUGCCACACUACACAUCUCAAGACGGGUGGCGACGGCAUUUCGGCGCGAAAUGGAGCAGGAUCGCUGAGCUGAAGGCCAGAUAUGACCCUCGGGCAUUGUUGUCGCCGGGCCAGAGGAUUUUCCCGGUGCCAGUAGAGUCAUCUGGCAUUGCUUCUGCCUGA